CAGAUCCCCCCGCAGCACCGCCCACAGGCGGCAGGGCCGAGCCGAGCCGAGCCGAGCCGCCCGCCUCCUGCCGCGGCCCCGCCAGGCAGCUUCCCGCCGGCCCCGGGGACAGGUGCUGAUGUCCGGGGAAGGAUGAAGCUCGGUUGCCUUUCGUUCCGGCAGCCCUACGCAGGGUUGGUUUUAAACCAAGUCAAAACGAUCGAGACUCGCUGGCGGCCCGUGCUCGCCCGCUACCAGAACCGCACCAUCGCCGUCCACAUAGCCCUCAAGGACUGGGAGGAUGAAACGUGGCGAGCUAUUCUUCUGAGUAGGCUUGGUAUGACGGCAGGGCAAGUGCAAGACUUGUUGGAUGAAGGGGAGAAGUUUGGCAGGGGAGUUAUUGCAGGAUUAGUUGACAUUGGAGAGACAUCACUAUAUCCAGAAAAUUUACCUCCUGAAAAGGUGUUGGAGCUGGAAAACAAAGCUGUCCUUAGUAAUCUAGAGCAGAAGUAUUUGACUGUUGUUUCAAAUCCAAGAUGGCUCCUGGAACCAAUUCCUGCCAGAGGGUUUAGAGGUGUGUGGCAGGUGAACAUCCCUGAUGAACUGAUCCCCUCAGAAUGAUAGGAGUUGCCCCACACUGUAUUUUUUUCCUGCCUAAAUGCAAACUGGUUAUUCACAAGUCACCAUCCUGAAUACCAGUGAACUACUUAGUAUUCCUUCCAGUAUGAAUUGUUUGAAGUAGCAAGAAUUGCUAUUUUGAAGCAAGAUAAUCAAGAUCUCAUUUUUAUGAUCAUUAUUGGAAAUUACUGAUGUUUUAGUAGAUUAAAUAUACAUACAACUGUAAAUAAAUGAGAAUUUUCUAACAUUG